AUACCUGGACUAUUGCUCUGGAAGCACGCUCUUUCAGAAACAGAAUGUCAAUCUAUAUUGGCCCAUAUUAAGGAUAACAAUUGGUUCCGACCACAAGUAGGCAUUAAUCAGGUAGUGCGAUUUGGAACUAUUCCAUCCUUUUUAGAUCUACUAUGCCAAUUGGGUAAACAGCUAGUCUUUUACAUUGUCAUGUUUGUAAAGUUAAACUCGACUUUUGCAUACAGGACACCGCUAUUCGACCACAUGAUUGCCAACCAUUACUAUCCAAAUGAUGGACUGGUAUCGCAUGUGGAUCUGGUGAAUCGAUUUGCAGAUGGGAUAGUUGUGGCGAGUAUCAGCGGCUCAUGUAUUAUGGAGUUUUCACCAUCUGAUAAUGCCAAUCAAAACCAUCAGCCAAAAGUCAAUCAAAACCAUCACCAACCAGCUGGCACGAUUGAAAUGUUUCUUCAACAAGGAGAUUUGAUUGGACUUUCUGGUGAAGCUAGAUGGGAUUGGAAACAUGGUAUACCUGUACGACUAAAUGAUCAAUGGCAAGGAGAGAUAUAUCCUCGAACGGAACGAAUCUCGGUAACACUGCGUAGACUACUGCCUCAAACGGACGAGUCGUUUUGA